AUGAGUGGUUCAACAACAGCUAGCAGCUCCAACGAAGUACUACCACGCGAAAGCGAAGGGGACAUUUCUAUGUUCGUUGACCUCGAAUCCCCCUCUCAAGACUCACCAACAUCCUCCAAUGCAUCAACGACAACCAAAAGGCAAGAAACAUCAUCAAGGGGCGGCAUUCGAGUGUCGCUAGCAUGCCUUCCGUGCCGAAGUCGUCACGUAAAAUGCGGCGCUGAGGUUCCAGUUUGUAGUCGAUGCCAACAAGAUGAUAAACCAUGUUACUACGCAAAAUCAAGACGGGGGAUGAGAGACGGGCCAAAUCCGCGCAAGAAAGAUUCAAUACAGCAUGGAGGAAAAGACAAUCGGAUUUCUGACACACGCUACAUACACCAUGAUGCAAUAGGGUUCCCAAUUGGCAGGCCGUCCACAGAGAUGUAUACCGGAACAUCAGUAUCUUGUCCCGGCAGCCUAGAAAGCUCUGUUUCCAGGUCAGGAAGCACAGGACGACUGAUUGAUUUGUUCUACAUGUUCUUUUAUAAAAUUCACCCCUUUGUCCUACCCCGUUACUACUUCUUCAGCCGCCUAGACUCUGACCCGGAUUCUGUAAAUCACUUAAGGGUAGCAAUGGAAUACGUCGGUUCCCUCUACGAUCCUGACAUCUCUACCAACGAGCAGCGAGACCUCGCGCUAGAGCAACUAGAAAUAGCCACCCUCCACCCAACUGGGUUCACAGUCCAGGCGUUACUUCUAACUGCCAACGCUCUUGAUCUCGAAGACAGGACGGAUCUCAGUCGCACUGUUUUAGAUACCGCUAUAUAUUUGGCUCUGGAGUUAAGGAUGAAUAUCCAGGAGUUUGCGAGCUUGGAGCCAGAUCAAGUGUUGGCGGAGAGUUGGCGGAGGACAUAUUGGGGUCUUUGUUCGAUGGAUUCGACGUUUGGUGGUAGUACUACACGUGCACCUAGCCUUUUCCCUGGUUAA